AUGGAAGAUCAGAGUCAGGAAAAUUAUGAAUUGGCAUUACCCGACAUAAUUGCUAAUUCAUAAAAAGAAUAAAAGAAUUAAUAAGAAUCCAUCGUUUUAGAGUCUGUAAAUAUGCAAGCAUCUUUUUUAAACUUGGAGGGUAAUUCAGAUUAAAAUGAUUAAAUAUUGAAUGAAUCUCAUCAAAAGUCUAUUGCAAGUAUAUUUAUUCAAGAAGUAGAUUUAAUUAGCUAAUAAUUAGUUUGCAAAGUUCUUUAAUCCUACAAGUAAGACUUUUUAUUUGAUAAAUUUUUCGAUAAAAUUGUUGUACUAAAUAAUUGGAUUAUUACUAAUUCAGGAUAUGGCAGCACAAAUUUUUAGGUUUUUGAUUAAGACUUAAAAUUGAUCAAAACUUUAUACUUACAAAUGGUAAUUCAUCACAAAUUAAAUGAUUGA